AUGUCACCUGCUCUGUCUCUGUCCGUCUCCCUCUCUCCACUCUGCAAAUCUCAGGACAUUUCAAAGGAAACCCACCUUCCAAAAAACCCCAAUAGAGAAAACCCAUGUCACAGCACUCACUCAAACUUCAAAUUUAGUAGGAGAUCGCUUUUAAACUCCACUACACUGGGCCUAGUAGGAACUGGGGCUCUCUCUGUUUCUAAGCCUGCAAGAGCAGAGCCAGAGCCAGAGAGCCCAGUUGCAUCAACUUCAAGCAGAAUGUCAUACUCAAGAUUCUUGCAGUACUUGGAUGAAGACGCUGUAAAGAAGGUGGACUUGUUUGAGAAUGGAACUGUUGCGAUCGCCGAGAUCUUCAAUCCCACAUUAGAUAAGAUCCAAAGGGUCAAGGUUCAGUUACCUGAUUUGCCACAAGAGUUGCUGAGGAAGAUGAAAGAAAAGAACGUAGAUUUUUCAGCUCAUCCUAUGGAAAUCAAUUGGUUGCCAGCAGUUCUAGACUUGUUGGGAAAUUUUGCUUUUCCAUUAAUACUACUUGGAACAUUGCUGUUCAGAGCUAGUUCUACAAACACACCAGGAGGCCCCAACUUGCCUUUUGGACUUGGAAGGAGCCAAGCCAAAUUUCAGAUGGAGCCUAAUACAGGGGUAACAUUUGAUGAUGUAGCAGGGGUUGAUGAAGCAAAGCAAGAUUUCCAAGAGAUUGUUGAAUUCUUGAAAACUCCAGAGAAGUUUUCAGCUGUUGGAGCAAGAAUUCCCAAAGGGGUUCUUUUAGUAGGGCCACCUGGGACUGGAAAGACACUGCUGGCCAGGGCCAUAGCAGGAGAAGCAGGGGUCCCUUUCUUUUCUCUGUCAGGGUCAGAGUUCAUAGAGAUGUUUGUAGGAGUAGGAGCUUCUAGAGUGAGGGAUUUAUUCAACAAGGCUAAAGCCAAUUCCCCAUGCUUGGUUUUCAUUGAUGAGAUAGAUGCUGUUGGGAGGCAGAGAGGAACAGGAAUUGGUGGAGGAAAUGAUGAGAGAGAGCAAACACUCAAUCAGUUGCUUACUGAAAUGGAUGGGUUUAGUGGGAACAGUGGAGUGAUUGUUAUUGCUGCUACUAACCGCCCUGAAAUUCUCGAUUCUGCUUUGCUUAGGCCUGGCAGAUUUGACAGACAAGUCACUGUUGGGCUACCAGAUAUAAGGGGAAGAGAAGAGAUAUUAAAGGUGCAUAGCAACAACAAGAGGCUUGACAAAGAUGUUUCUCUUAGUGUUAUUGCCAUGAGAACUCCUGGUUUCAGUGGUGCAGACCUUGCAAACCUCAUGAAUGAAGCUGCCAUCCUUGCUGGUAGGAGAGGCAAAAACAAGAUAACAAUGAAGGAAAUCGAUGACUCAAUUGAUCGGAUUGUGGCUGGGAUGGAGGGGACAAAAAUGACAGAUGGAAAGAGCAAAGUUCUUGUGGCUUACCAUGAAGUUGGCCACGCUAUUUGUGCGACACUGACUCCGGGCCAUGAUCCAGUGCAGAAGGUCUCUCUUAUUCCCCGAGGCCAAGCUCGUGGCCUUACAUGGUUCAUACCGGAUGAAGAUCCUGCUCUUAUUUCUAAGCAACAACUGUUUGCUAGAAUAGUUGGUGGGUUAGGAGGUAGGGCAUCAGAGGAAGUGAUUUUUGGGGAGCCAGAAAUAACCACUGGUGCAGCAGGAGACUUGCAACAAAUCACACAGAUAGCAAGACGGAUGGUAACAAUGUUUGGCAUGUCUGAGAUUGGACCGUGGGCACUGACAGACCCCGCAACGCAAAGCAGCGAUGUAGUGUUGAGAUUGCUAGCAAGAAACAACAUGUCUGAAAAGCUCGCUGAAGACAUUGAUUUGUCAGUGAGACAUAUAAUUGAGAGUGCAUAUGAACUGGCAAAGAACCAUGUGAGGAACAACAGGGAGGCCAUGGAUAAAUUAGUAGAAGUGCUUUUAGAAAAGGAGAUCCUCACAGGAGAUGAAUUCAGAGCAAUUCUGUCUGAAUUUACUGAUAUUUCUGUGGCGAAGUUAGAUAGGAAAUCUGUCCGGGAGAUGAUUGAAGCCUAG